AUGACAAAGACGGUAGAAACGACACAGGUAGAGGUCAAAGUGCUACAUGUGGACUCUGAAAUUCAGAUUGAGUCCCUGUAUGAACUACUGCUCGAGCUGUACUAUGAACUGGUCGAAAUAUUCACCUUCCGGGUAAAGUCCAACCUGCUACUUGGAUGCAUAGACCAAUUGCAGCGGUUGAACUCGAGGAGAGUUAGCGAUUCCCACAAGAAUAACGAGGUUCUCCAGAAGUCCAUGCUUAUAAUAUCAGAGAUCAACCAUGCUGUGAAUUGUCUGCCGAGGAUGAGCAGCUUGAAAAGCCUGAGGCUAGAAGCUGUUCUCGACUGUUUGGCACUGGAACGUCGCCAGUUGAAUUUGGUUAAUAUCACGGAUAUUCACAACCAAAUUCUAGCCAAUUCCUUGAGCUACAAACAUUAUACCUCACUAAAAGAGUCUCAAAAGACGUUAGAAGACCUUGUCGCACAAUCGGUGUGUCUGACCAAAGAAAACCGGCCUUACCCUGCGUCUACCUCGGGGUCUGCGAUAAGCAAUUUGUUAAUGGACCCUGGAUUCAUAAGGUUCCACCAAGUUCGAAAAGAGAGGCUUUUACUCUCAAGCCGAAGGGUGUUCUAG